AUGCCGAGGGGGCGGCCUUCCAAACCCAGCAGGGAGGACAGCAAGGCCGGUGCCGAGUCAGAUGGUGUUCUGACACUGAAUACAGAGAACAGUAAUUGUUCCUACCAAGUACCAAGCUUCCAUAAGUGUGAGAUCUGUUUGCUAUCUUUUUCAAAAGUGACACAGUUCCAGCGCCACAUGAGGGAUCACGAGAGAAAUGACAAGCCUCAUCGGUGCGACCAGUGUCCAAUGUCAUUUAAUGUUGAGUUCAACCUGACACUUCAUAAAUGUACUCACAAUGGGGACGAUCCUACAUGUCCUGUGUGUAACAAGAAAUUCUCCAGAGUGGCUAGUCUCAAAGCUCAUAUUAUGCUACAUGAGAAAGAAGAGAAUCUUAUUUGUUCAGAGUGUGGAGAUGAGUUUACUUUGCAGACCCAACUGUCCAUGCAUAUGGAAGAACAUCGUCAAGAAUUGGCUGGAAGCAGAACCCAUAGCUGCAAGUCCUGUAAGAAGGAAUUUGAGACUUCCUCACAGCUUAAAGAGCACAUGAAAACUCACUACAAAAUAAGGGUAUCCAAUACUAGAUCUUACAACCGAAACAUUGACAGAAGUGGGUUUACAUAUUCAUGUCCGCACUGUGGAAAGACAUUCCAAAAACCAAGUCAGUUAACCCGACAUGUUAGAAUACAUACAGGUGAAAGACCAUUUACAUGUAGUGAAUGUGGAAAAGCCUUUAACCAGAAGGGGGCAUUACAGACACACAUGAUUAAGCAUACUGGUGAAAAACCCCAUGCUUGUGCCUUUUGUCCAGCAGCCUUUUCUCAAAAAGGCAAUCUUCAGUCUCACAUACAGAGAGUUCAUUCAGAGGUGAAGAAUGGCCCUACCUAUAACUGUACAGAAUGUAGCUGUGUUUUCAAAAGCUUAGGCAGCUUAAAUACUCACAUCAGCAAGAUGCAUAUGGGUGGUCCACAGAACUCAGCAAGCACUACUUCAGAAGCAUCUCAUGUUACAACGGAUCCUGUGGCCCAGCCUCUAAUGACGUCUCCUGCUAACCCGAUGCAACCUGUUGAUAAUAAAUGGAAGAAUGCCACACAUUUUCGGUCUCCACUUCUUCAACAGGCAGAAAACCAAGUAACUUCAGCUGCAGGUCAACAAGGGCAACAGGCUGUAACAGAUGUCAUCCAGCAGCUCCUUGAGCUGUCGGAGCCAGGUCCAGUGGAAAAUAACCAGCCCCAGCAACCUGGCCAGCAACUCAAUAUUGCAGUGGGACUCAAUCGAGACAUUUUGCAGCAAGCCUUAGAAAACAGUGGGCUAUCUUCAAUUCCAGUCUCAGCGCAUCCUACAGACUGCAGCCAGGCUAAGAAUCCUACAACACAGGAUCAAAAUCCAGAUGUUCAGAAUCUUUCUAAUCAUCAAGCUGACCCUAAUAAUGCAGAACAAGAUAAAGAGCAAGAAAGCCCAGAUAAGAUGGAUAAAAAAGAGAAAAAGGUUAUAAAGAAAAAGUCACCAUUUUUACCUGGUUCUGUACGUGAAGAGAAUGGAAUAAGAUGGCAUGUUUGCCCAUAUUGCUCUAAAGAAUUUAAAAAACCCAGUGAUCUAGUGCGCCACAUUCGAAUUCACACGCAUGAGAAGCCAUUCAAGUGUCCCCAGUGUUUCCGCGCCUUUGCUGUGAAGAGCACUCUCACAGCACACACAAAAACACACACUGGCAUUAAAGCUUUUAAGUGCCAGUAUUGUAUGAAAUGUUUUUCCACCUCAGGAAGCUUAAAAGUUCACAUUCGUCUGCAUACAGGUGUUAGACCUUUUGCUUGUCCUCACUGUGAUAAAAAGUUCAGAACAUCUGGCCACAGGAAGACUCACAUUGCUUCACACUUUAAACACACUGAACUACGAAAGAUGCGACAUCAGCGUAAACCUGCAAAAGUUCGAAUAGGAAAGACCAGCGUUCCAGUACCGGAUAUUCCGUUGCAAGAACCCAUACUCAUCACUGAUUUAGGUCUUAUCCAGCCAAUCCCAAGGAAUAGCCAGUUUUUCCAAAGUUAUUUUAAUAAUAGUUUUGGAAAUGAAGCAGACAGGCCAUACAAGUGUUAUUACUGCAAUCGAGCAUAUAAAAAAUCUUGCCAUCUUAAGCAACAUAUCAGAUCACACACUGGUGAGAAGCCAUUUAAGUGUUCUCAGUGCGGAAGAGGUUUUGUCUCGGCUGGAGUGCUAAAAGCGCAUAUUAGAACUCAUACUGGAUUGAAAGCUUUUAAGUGUCUUAUAUGUAAUGGGGCCUUCACUACUGGUGGUAGCCUCAGGCGACACAUGGGGAUCCAUAAUGAUCUUCGACCAUAUAUGUGUCCAUAUUGUCAAAAAACAUUCAAAACUUCAUUAAACUGCAAAAAGCACAUGAAAACUCAUAGGUAUGAGCUUGCACAGCAGCUUCAGCAGCACCAGCAAGCUGCUUCAAUAGAUGAUUCAACAGUAGAUCAGCAGAGCAUUCAUGUUUCCACUCAGAUGCAAGUUGAGAUUGAAAGUGAUGAGUUGCAGCAGCCAGAAGCUGUCACAACAGAUCAGGAAGCUAUUUUAGAACUAGACCAGCAGCAGGUGGAAGCCACAGAAGAAACAGGACUGGGACAACAAUUGACUGACCAACCUUUAGAGCAAGAUGAAGAUAGGUUUGUGACAUCCCAACAUGCUUUACAGGAGAACAUCAAUCAAUUUGAACAGCAAACUCUAACACAGCAGUCAUUUGAUCAGCAAGGGUUAUCACAAGGUUUUACAGUGAAUGAUAGCUACAAUCAACAGAAUCAAUUUUCAGCUGUACAGCAGCUACAGGAUUCAAGCACACUUGAGUCUCAGGCUCUUUCAACAAGUUACCAUCAACCAAAUCUGCUUCAAGUUCCUAAUCCAGAGACUAUUAAUGUGACUACUCGCCUCAUACAAGAUCAGUCACAAGAAGAACUUGAACUGCAUGCCCAACGCCCCCAGUUUCUUGAGGACAACGAAGAUCAAAGCAGACGUUCAUACAGAUGUGACUAUUGCAACAAGGGUUUUAAGAAAUCCAGCCAUUUGAAGCAGCAUGUGCGAUCACACACUGGUGAGAAACCUUAUAAAUGCCAGCUGUGUGGCCGUGGAUUUGUUUCCUCAGGAGUUCUUAAAUCCCAUGAGAAGACUCACACAGGAGUUAAAGCAUUCAGCUGUAGCAUUUGCAAUACAGCUUUCACUACCAAUGGCAGCCUUACCAGGCACAUGGCAACUCAUAUGAGCAUGAAGCCUUACAAAUGCCCAUUCUGUGAUGAAAGCUUCCGAACAACCGUUCACUGCAAAAAGCACAUGAAAAAACACCAGACGGUCUCCUCUGCAGUAGCAGCAACUGGAGAGGCCGGAGGAGGAGUUGUUUGUGUGGAAGAAGAUGAUGAAAAUUCUGAAAGAACUGCUUCCAGAAAGUCUCGGCCUGGUGUCAUCACUUUCACAGAGGAAGAAACAGCAGAACUGGCAAAAAUUAGACCUCGAGAAAGUGCCACAGUCUCAGAAAAAGUUCUUGUCCAGUCUGCUGCGGAAAAGGACAGAAUUAGUGAGAUCAAAGAUAAGCAUGCAGAACUAGAAGCGGAGCCCAAAUACGCCAAUUGUUGUACUUAUUGUCCCAAAAGCUUUAAAAAACCCAGCGAUUUAGUCAGGCAUGUUCGUAUCCACACUGGGGAGAAACCAUAUAAAUGUGAUGAAUGUGGAAAGAGUUUUACUGUGAAGUCUACUCUGGAUUGCCAUGUAAAAACACACACAGGUCAGAAGCUCUUCAGUUGUCAUGUAUGCAGUAAUUCUUUUUCUACCAAAGGGAGUCUAAAAGUGCAUAUGCGUCUGCAUACAGGAGCAAAGCCAUUUAAGUGUCCACACUGUGACUUACGGUUUCGUACUUCAGGACGCAGAAAAACGCACAUACAGUGUCACUAUAAACCAGAAACCAAGAGGGUCAGGAAGCCUGUUACCCGUACAUCUGCUGAGGGAUUACAACCAGUGAAUCUUCUUAAUUCUUCCACGACAGACCCCAAUGUUUUUAUCAUGAAUAACUCUGUUCUGACAGGUCAAUUUGAUCAAAAUUUGCUUCAGCAAGGACUUGUGAGCCAGGCGAUCCUUCCUGCUUCUAUGUCAGCUGGAGGUGACUUAACUGUGUCCUUGACAGAUGGUAGCUUGGCCACCCUUGAAGGCAUACAGUUACAGCUUGCUACUAAUCUGGUUGGACAGAAUGUUCAAAUUUCUGGAAUAGAUGCUGCCAGUAUUAACAACAUCACAUUACAGAUUGAUCCCAGUAUUUUACAGCAGACACUACAGCAGAGUAACUUACUUGCCCAGCAUCUAACUGGGGAUCCCAGUAUGGCUUCACAGAACAACUCCCUCCAGACAACAGAUAGCACGGUGCCAGCUAAUGUGGUUAUCCAGCCCAUAUCAGGCUUGUCUUUACAGCCAACAGUUACAUCUUCAGCUAAUAUGACGAUAGGGCCACUGUCUGAGCAAGACUCUGUGUUAACAACUAACAGUAAUGGUGCACAGGAUCUCUCUCAAGUGAUGACCUCACAGGGUAUGGUGUCCACUUCGAAUGGUCAGCAUGAGAUAACAUUGACCAUAAAUAACUCAAGUUUGAGUCAAGUUCUAGCUCAUGCUGCUGGUUCCACCACUACAAACUCAUCAGGAAGCCCGCAAGAAAUUACCCUCACUAUAUCUGGUCAAGAUCUUAUUCAGCAUAAUUCUUCUGGAAAUAAUGAGUUGAAUGGGAGUUUACGACUGACAACACCAACAAUUAGCAAUCAAUCAACAGGUGCUACGUUAACUAUAAGCAAUGAUCAACUUCUGUCUCAGGGUACAUCACUGAACGCUUCAGAACUUAAUACGUCAAGUGGAAAUCUUCCUUCAACACCACCCAUUUCUCAAUCCACAGUUUCUGCUCAGAACUUAGUAAUGUCUUCGUCAGGAGUUGGAGGAGAUGGUAGUGUUACCUUGACCUUGGCUGAUACUCAGGGCAUGUUAUCUAGUGGUCUUGAUUCAGUUACACUUAAUAUCACUUCACAGGGUCAGCAAUUCCCUGCUUUACUCACAGAUUCUAGUCUCUCCAGCCAAAGCGGUUCGGGCUCACAACAAGUCAUACUGGUGAGCCAUACACCACAUUCAGCAUCUACAAACUCUGAUGAAAUAACAUAUCAGGUGGCUGAGGUUUCUUCUAACCUGACUAAGGGUAAUCAAGAAAAAGAGGGCCGUGUACACCAAUGUUUUGAAUGUAGUCAGACCUUUUCUUCAGCCACGAUGUUAAUGCACCACAGUAAAGAGGUUCAUGGCAAGGAGAGAAUUCAUGUGUGCCAUGUUUGCAAUAAAGCCUUCAAACGGGCAACACAUCUCAAGGAGCACAUGCAAACCCAUCAGGCUGGACCUUCACUAAGUUCCCAGAAGCCACGAGUGUUUAAAUGUGAUACUUGUGAAAAGGCUUUUGCUAAACCAAGUCAGCUGGAGAGGCAUAGCCGCAUCCACACAGGGGAACGUCCAUUUCAGUGUACAUUGUGUGAUAAAGCUUUUAACCAGAAGAGUGCCCUUCAGGUGCAUAUGAAAAAGCACACAGGAGAGAGGCCUUACAAAUGUGAUUACUGUGCAAUGGGCUUUACACAGAAAAGCAAUAUGAAACUCCAUAUGAAACGAGCUCAUGGCUAUGCUGGUACUAUACAAGAAUCUGCCAGUCAGCAAGAACAAGAAGGGGAAGAUAUUAAUCGUGCUUUGAAUUUAGAAGAGGUUGUUCAAGAAUCUUCAAAUGAGUGGCAGAGUAUAAGCAAUGUUUUUCGAUGA